UUUUUUUUUUUUUGAAUUCCCUCCUUUUCUUUCUCCCUUUUCUAGAUAAAAAAUGAAGUUUGCUGAUCAACUUAAGCAGGGUAUCUUUGCUCCAUGGCGCUUAUCUUAUAUCAAUUACGAUGUCUUGAAAACUGAACUCAAAGCAAGACAACUUGAUCAUGGUUGGACUGAACAGGAUGAAAAGGAUUUUGUCCACCUUUUGGAAAACGAAUUAGACAAGGUAUAUGAUUUUAUUUCUGCCAAAUUGGGGGAAGUUGAAGCUAGAAUCAGCUACUGUGAAAGAACUUUGCAAACCUUUAUGAACAAUCCUUCUUGGUCUUCUGAACAAAACUGGAAUAUCAUGGACGAUGCACUUACUGAAGUGUUAUUUGAUGUGAAUGAUUUGGCUAAGUUUACUCGUCUCAAUUACAUUGGCUUCCAAAAGAUCCUUAAAAAGCACGACAAGUGGACUGGUCUUCGUCUUCAACAAAGCUUUAUUCCUCAACUGCGUGCUAAACCACUUGAUAAGCAACGUUUUGAUGUUGCUAUUGUCUAUAUCUCUGCUCUCCAUGAUCUCUGCCGUCUCCAAGGAAGACCCCGUACAGGUAAUGCUGCUGCCGGUGGUGAUCAAAAUGCUUUUGAACGUGCCACAGCCAAGUACUGGAUUCACCCUGAUAACGUGACCGAAGUCAAGUCUAUUAUCAUGUUACACCUUCCUGUCUUGAUCUUUAACAAGGACAAAAAGUUUGAAGCUUCUGACUCUGCUAUCUCUAGUAUUUAUUAUGAUAACGAAGACUUUGAUUUGUAUACUGGUCGUCUUCAACGUGAUGAAGGUGCUGAAGCUAUUCGUUUUCGUUGGUAUGGUCCUAUGGAAUCCAAGAGUGUAUUUAUCGAACGUAAGACACACCAUGCUUCUUGGUUAGACGGUGCUUCUGUCAAAGAUCGUUUUAGACUCGAUGUUGAUGAUGUCAAGAAGUUUGUAGAAUAUGAAUUAACCCCUGAAGAGAUUACGGAUCGUUUACGUAGCAAGAAUGUUGAUGAACAAAUCUGUAAAGAUACCCACUUUAUUGCUACUGGUGUUCAAAAGUCACUCAAGGAAAAGAAUAUCAAGCCUGUUCUUCGUGCCUUUUAUAACCGUACAGCUUUUCAAUUGCCUGGCGAUCAACGUGUUAGAGUAAGUCUUGAUACUGACUUGUCUUUCAUACGUGAAGACAAUUUGGAUAAGGUACGCAGAGGUGAAGGUGAAUGGCGUCGUCCUGAUGUGGGUAUUGACUAUCCCUUCCCCUCAUUGGACGAAACUGAGAUUUGCCGCUUCCCUUAUGCUGUUUUGGAAACCAAGCUUCAGACUCACUUGGGUCAAGAACCCCCAGAAUGGUUAACCAAGUUGGUUGAUUCCCAUUUGGUCCAUGAAGUGCCUCGUUUCUCUAAAUACCUUCAUGGUGCCUGUUACUUCUUCCGUGAGCGUAUGCCUUUAUUGCCUUGGUGGUUGCCCGAAAUGGAUAUUGAUAUUCGUAAGCCCCGUGCCACCAAUUUUGGUUUGACUCGUUCCAAGUCAUUCAAGCCUCUUAUUGAUGGCCAGUACCGUCGUGCAAUGGAAGCUGAAGAAAGACGUUUAAACAGCGCUGCAAAGACUGAAUCUGUUCCUGGUGUCAAAGUAAAUGCUGAUGAUGACAAAGCUGAUAAAACAACCAAGCCUACACAAAAUGCCAACUUUGAUCUUAAGCGUCGUACACCAGCAUCACAGUCUGCUCAAAACAAAUAAACUUUAGAUCGCCUUAGAAAAACUUAUUCUCAUUAUCACCACCAACCCCUAUUUUAAUAAAAAAAUAUGUAUAUAAUACUUUUUUAUGAUCACGCAUCUUCUAAAUAACGAUAUUCAAAUCGAAAUUCGGUCUUCUUGCGCUGACACCAAGCGCCUUCAUAAUCAAAAUAGAUAUAAGUUCCUUGUUCAUAUUCAUCUGUAAUAGUCUUUGGUUCUUCAUGGCGUUGGAACCAAGUCAAGUAUU